UUUUUAUAGGAAACCGGGAGAUGUGGCGCUACCGCCACCCUCCCUCUCAGCGAGGACGCGGCCCCUGGAGCUAGAGGAUCCCCCUGCGCAUGCGCACAGUCUCCAGCCGGCCAUUUCUGCAAGCGUGUAUUCCCUCCCUCACCGAGAGCGCGCGGAAGCCGCACGCACGCCUGCCCGGGGACGCGCACGCACGCGCUCCCCGCCCCGCCCCGCGAGGCCCGGGUCUUCCAGGCUCCGGGAGGUAAUGCCCCGGAAGGCGGGGCGGGUGGAAGAGGCCGAGGAGGACGGCACUGAAGAGGACGGCCGCGAGGAGGCUGGCGCCGAGGAGUCCGGCCCGGAAGAGUCGGACCCGGAGGAGCCUGGCGCCUCGGAGGAGAUGGAGGCCGGGCGGCCGCGGCCGGUGCUGCGCUCGGUGAACUCGCGCGAGCCGUCCCAGGUCAUCUUCUGCAACCGCAGCCCGCGCGUCGUGCUGCCCGUGUGGCUCAACUUCGACGGCGAGCCGCAGCCCUACCCGACGCUGCAGCCCGGCACCGGCCGCCGCAUCCACAGCUACCGAGGUCACCUUUGGCUCUUCCGAGAUGCAGGGACAUACGAUGGGCUGCUGGUUAACCAGACUGAACUCUUUGUGCCAUCUCUCAAUGUUGAUGGACAGCCUAUCUUUGCCAACAUCACACUGCCAGUAUACACCCUGAAAGAGCGAUGCCUCCAGGUUGUCCGGAGCUUAGUCAAGCCUGAGAAUUACAGGCGCCUGGACAUCGUGAGAUCGCUCUACGAAGAUCUGGAAGACCACCCGAAUGUGAGGAAAGACCUGGAGCGGCUGACGCAGGAGCACAUUGAAAAUCAGCAGGUGGAAGAGGAGACUGAAGAUUUUAACUGAAACUUGUGCUCUUGAGUCUCAGCUUUUGAUGGCACUGACUCGUCUUGACCUAGGUAUGGGACUGGUCACUUAUUCUCGGUUUCCAGGUGUCUCAUUCUUGGAGUAGAAACUGCUGCAUUGCUUACCAGAAAGUUAGCUGACUUCACUGGGCGUGAUGUUUAGGGGCAAAUAUCACAAAAUGUAAUUUAGUGCCGGCUCCUUCUGGAAGUAUUUAUCAAGGGAAAGUAGGUGCAUUUUUGCUUCCCAGUAAGUCAGGAAAGUUUCUGUGUAAGGACUUUUGUGUGAGUAAUUCAAUGAGAAUUGCAGCAUCUUCUUUAAUUAUAAGAAAGCAGUGGCCUCUGCUUAUAAUUGCUUAUAAUGAUUGAUGAUGUGUCCACCUCCUGCUCUGAGAAGACCGGGAUGGCCUUGAGGCAGGGACACGUCUGUCUCCUGUUUGAGACCCCAGUGCCUCACACACUAUGAGCCUUUAGUCAGUGUUUGUUGAAUGAACAAACCAGUGAAUAUGUGGGUAGAAAAUGUUUGGAGGUUUUGCCCUUUUGUCAGGGAGGAGGAGGGACCUUAAAGUGUGUACAGUAAACACAUGUCUUAAAGGGAAUCAUUUUGGGGCCAGGCCUGUGGUGUAGUGGUUGAGUUUGGUGCUCAACUUUCGUGGCCCAGGUUUGCAGGUUUGGUUCCUGGGUGGGGACCUAGCACCACUCAUCAAGCCACGGUGUGGUGGCAUCCCACAUAAAAUAGAGGAAGAUUGGCACAGAUGUUAGCUCAGCGACAAUCUUCCUCAAGCAAAAAGAGGAAGAUUGGCAACAGAUGUUUGCUCUGGGCCAGUGUUCCUCACCAAAAAAAGAAAAAAAAGGAAUCCUUUUUAUAGAAAGCACUUUUCAUAAUUUUCUAAAUUUUGUGCUUUUCUCUGUCCACUAUUGUUGCAGUGCUGUCAUUUCUGUUUCUAAACCAGGUUUAGCUUUCUACAGUAAUUGUGAUGAUGGCUGUUUGAAACUUGACAUCUGCACAGAAAAUAAGAGAAAAUAACCGUCCUCUUGUUUAAUUCUCGUAUUAAGGAGCUACUACUGUACUGUAAAUGGGUUUUUGCCAAAUGUGGGUAUUUCUGUUCCUUUCAGUAAAGCCAUGACAUUUCUGUUGGGUUCAAUAUUUUUCAUCAGGCAGGAUCUGGUGACGCUUUGCAUCUGGCUGGAGGAGAGCCCGAAGCCCUCCCACCUCUGGGAACUUAUUCCUAACACACAGUGGAUUCACACCUAAUCUUAGCCAAAAGGCUGAGAAGCGAUAACACACAGUGGAUUCAGAGAGUCGCCUGGAAUGUUUUUUAGUUUUGUAAAUGUAUAAAUCCUUUCUUGUAGGCUGGACUUAAAGUCAUCAACUCAAAUUCAAUACUUCUAUCAGGCUUCCUUUUUUGUAACUAAUAGUUAAAAAAAAUCCUCCUGGUAGAGAAAAUUUUGGAUAGAAAAGUAAAAGGAAGAAAAAAGAUCACAGUAGAUACACUACUUAAAUACAACCACUAACCUAAUAUCUUGAACUUUCAGCCCCUUUUAGGGCAUCUUUUGGUUGGUUUGGUUUACAUGGCUGAGAUCAUACUGAAUAUACAGUUUUGUGUUCUGCUUUCUCAUUUACCUUUAUAACAUAAACAUUUUUCCAUGGUAUUAAAAGCUCUUCAUAGACGGUCUUCCUUUUAUAGAUACUGUUGGGAUGUUUCUUGGCGUCUUUCGUUCCUCUUGCUAACCCUUGGGCGCAGUUCCAUGCCCUGAAAUCGGAGUGAAGGGAAGGGAGCCAAGGCCCCCGGGUCCCCCACUGUCGUCUGUUCACCUCAUCUUACUCCCCUCUUUCAACAUUCAGCAAAUACGUCGGCCUGUUUUUUCAGCAUGUUGUAGUACUCGUUCAGUGACACCCCGCUAAAUGUCUAAUUUUUUUGUUGAAUUCUGGGGUAGGGAAGAAGAAAUGCUGCUACAGAAGGCAGCUGUGUGAGCCCGAGAGUGGGAGAGAUGGGGCAUUUAAGGAAGUUGCUGCUGCUGGAUUAGUUCAACGUUGGCUUUUGUGUUUUUAUUUUUUUUUAACCUGUCUUUGUGUCAAAACGAGAUUUCAUGUUCGUCUUGUUAAAACAUGUGGUUUGAGUCCUGUGUUUCUUGUGUUGUCCAAGGAAGAUGGAAAACCUGUAGUGUGAAUAAUACACGUCUUUCAUUUGAAAUCUUAUGAAUGUAUUAAAUGUAUUGCUUUUACAAGAC